CGGACCUAAGAGCCAAUGACGUCAGUAGCCCUCGGCGUUCACUGGGCAGUACCAGCAGAAUCGAAAAAAGCAAGUUACGAUGGUUCUCAUCAAGGAAUACCGAGUGGUUUUACCCUGUAGUGUUGAGGAGUAUCAAGUUGGUCAGCUGUUUUCUGUGGCUGAAGCCAGUAAAAACGAAACUGGUGGUGGUGAAGGCAUAGAAGUGCUCAAGAAUGAACCUUAUGAGAAAGAUGGAGAGAAAGGACAGUAUACUCACAAAAUUUACCAUCUAAAGAGUAAAGUCCCAGGUUUUGUCAGGCUCAUAGCCCCCGAAGGCUCCUUGGUAUUCCAUGAAAAAGCUUGGAAUGCCUACCCCUACUGCAAAACCAUUGUGACGAAUGAAUAUAUGAAAGACAGUUUCUUCAUUAAAAUUGAGACAUGGCACAAACCAGACAUGGGGACACAAGAAAAUGUGCACAGUCUGGACAGCUCCACAUGGCAGAAUGUAGCCGUUGUACCCAUUGACAUCGCAGACAGAAGCCAAGUGUCUGCUGCUGACUACAAGCCUGAUGAAGAUCCGGCCAUAUUCAAGUCUGUUAAAACUGGCAGAGGACCUCUGAGGCCAACCUGGAAGAAAGAGCUGGCGAGUAAAACAGACUGCCCAACGAUGUGUGCCUACAAACUAGUCACAGUCAAGUUCAAGUGGUGGGGGCUGCAAACCAAAGUGGAGAACUUCAUCCAUGAGCAAGAGAAACGGAUCUUCACAAACUUCCAUCGCCAGCUCUUCUGUUGGAUUGAUAAGUGGGUGGACCUGAAUAUGGAUGAUAUCCGACGAAUGGAGGCGGAGACUCAGAGGGAGCUUGAACAGCUUCGCAAAAUGGGUGAAGUAAGAGGAACCAGUGCUGCAGAUGAAUGAAAAGGAACUGGAUUACAAAUGACCACAAUGUGUGAUGGAGUGUGCUAAGAAUGCUCCUUGUCUGCCUCUUUUUACCUUAACUGGUUUGGGCUGCAGAGGAAGGAGCACAGCUACCUGCAAACAGUCGUGCAGACCCCUGACUUGACCCCAGUCAUUCUGGACAUUCUGUCCAGUGAGGAAUUGAUUUGUAGAAACCAACAUGAUCCUUGCGUCAUUAGAGUCCGAUUAAUUUUGAUCAUCUGGGCAGAGAAAACGCCGUCCAUUGUCAAUACGUAAACGAGACUUGGUAAAGUGUGAGAAGGUAUGUGCUGUAUAGGUCAAUACAAAAUUACCAAUCUGAGUACCAGAGUAGAAGGACCAAAUAUUUCUUUUGUACUUUAUAUAAAAUUUGAACAUUCCUGCUGAGAUGUCAGGUAUUACCCUGUGAUGUCUUCACUGUAAGCUCUGUAGUUUGAAUUCCCUGUUUCUCAAACUCAUGUUCCUUCCUGCCACAGCCUCCAUUAAGUGAUUACUAACACCCUUGGCGCCCAUGCCCAUUAUAGCCCCUUCACCCAUACACUGCCCCACCUUAACCAAAGCACUGCAUCUUAUAAUCACUGAGAAUCAUGCCUAUACAGGUAUUCACUCUUCCUCCUGUUCAGACUUAGUGAAAAAUACACACACACACAUCAAUGACACAUGCAUUAGAACGUGAGGACGAACGUGUGAAUUCACUCUGUAGUUAUGUGAACAGGCACAGGUGUGGAUACCUUUGCACUGACUGAUCUAUUACAAGCUCAAGCUGGGCAGAUCCAUACAGGCUCGCUCACCUAAAGGAAGUUAACAGCUCCCUGCAGCCCCCCCCCCCCCCGUACUCUCUGUUCUAAAGACAUUCUUGCAUAACACACAGUGCAGCGUUCACCUCCUCAACAGAUUUCCCUAGAGGAAACAAGUGCACUGAAAAACAGCCACAGAUGGUGCUACACCACUCCAGCCAAACGUCACUGGGUUGAACCGGCCCACCUCCAAAGGCCAGCCAUGCUCAUCUGGUUUUCUGAGGAGGAGAGUUUUCACCGCACUUCCCUCUCCAGCUUCAAGCCAAUCGUGUUUACAGGUUCACAGUUGCUUCAUUAGUGCCCAGUCAACACCAGCACCACACAACGCUCGCCUAAACCUUUUAUGUUUUACACCUUUCAUAGCACUGUCAACUAGUGCUAGCUACCUCUGUCUUUUCUAAAGGGCAGCUUUCCUGAUGCCUAAGGAUUACUAUUAGCCAUGAGCUGCUGCUGCUUCCUGGAAGUAAAUCUUAGCAGAUAGUGCCUUAUGAGUGACAGUAUUUGUGAUUAAUCUCUACUCAUGUUAUUCAGAGGAACUGCGUGUUUGCGUGCCUUCAUAGCUAAGCAACUGUAGUUCUUUGAACAUGUAAAAAAAAAUCAGCCUGUGUGCUUUGUCACACCAAAAUGCGGUAGAUUUACACAUCAUGUUGAACUGAUUUACCAUAUGAUUGAUUUUUAUCACCUAUCACAUUUUCUCUCUUUAGACUUCGAUACCAUUUGGAAUAACCCUACUUUGACAUAUUUGGUUUACUCCUUUGAUCUCUGCUGAGUUUUAUGUUCUAGUUGUAUGUUAUCGUCUUACGCUAUAGUUUCUUUUCAGAAAUCCUCUGUUUUUACCUCUUACAAUAGAAGUAUGAACCGUUUGGUAUUGAUUUUAUUUGACUUUGUAACAUUAUGUUCUUUUUGUUCAAAGAGUAAAAAUGCAAAUUUGUCAUGUUUACAUGUUCUUCUUAAUAUAGGAAAUUUAAAGCCAAUAAUGGUCUGUGUAAUAUUUCAAAUAAAAUAUUCUCAGGUGAAUGACAUGACUCAGAGCUUUAAGACGUUGUUGCUCCCACCUCCAAAUACCUACAAGACAAUCAGAUAAAGUUGAAGAUCAAAAAAUGGCAGUGGGAGUUAAAACCCAGUGUAUAACGUACCCAGUGUUUCCAGAUAAGUCGGAAUGGUUUUUGACGUGUAAAUAAGAUUUAUUCAGAGCUUUGAGGGUUGUCGAGGUGACAGAAGACUAAUAUUGAAAGUUAGGGGAAAUGGUGGUGUAUACUAUUGUGCCUUUUUCUUUCUAGAAAUCUUGUGAAUUAGGUAUGCAUGUUGUAUCCAUUUAUCAAUAAACUCUCUCUAAAUUAUGA